CCCCUGCUUUUGGCCGGUCAGUGGCACUGUAGUCUUCUGUGGAGCCCACAAACUCUAUUUCUCCUCCAGCACCACAAAGGCAACAAUAACAACAGCUGCACUCAUCUCAGCGGACUUCUCAGAGAAAGAUGGCGUGAAGAUAAGUUCAGAAAGCCAUUUUCCAGCGCGCUGCCUGCUGAGAAGCUGUUGCACUUGUUUAAAUGGCAGAGCUGCCCUUAGUCUGAGCUGCUGCUGCUUUAUUUUAAGGCGCGGGGUUGUUGUGCGCGUCAACAAUAAGGAACAUGCUGUUGGAGCGACGCGGAGCGCGUUAAAUGAGCGCAUUUCACUCAAUGGGAUUUUUAUAUUUAGCUGUGUGAGGGACCCGCCGGACGAGCAGCAGGGCAGCGGGAAGAGGAAACCCCGAUCCCGGUGUUGUCUGACAUUUUGGUCCCUUUGAGACCGUUUCGAACCCCCAAAACUUGCCGUUCAUAUCGCGUUGCCAGGCUAUGUGGUGGUGCUGAGGGCGCUGUGCGUGUGACAGAGAGGGGAAUAGCGCAAAUUUAUCUACAGCUCCUCGGGGGAAAGAUGAUGAUGGCCGGUGGUGGUGGCGGAGCAGCCGUGGACCAUAACGGGAUCUACUCAAACCCAAACCUCCACAGCCUGCAGCAGCCCCAUAUGGAGGCUGAUAACCCGGACUCCCGUAAACGGCCGCUGGAAACUCCGGCUGAGGAGGCCGGCUGUACCAAACGCACCAACAUUGGAGAGGAGGGUGAGUACUUCUUGAAGGUGCUGAUCCCCAGCUAUGCAGCCGGCUCUAUAAUUGGCAAGGGCGGCCAGACCAUCGUACAACUGCAGAAAGAGACGGGUGCCACCAUUAAGCUGUCCAAAUCCAAAGACUUCUACCCAGGAACAACAGAACGAGUCUGUCUGAUACAGGGUACGGUCGAAGCCCUCAAUGGUGUCCACAAUUUCAUUGCCGAGAAAGUCCGUGAGAUGCCGCAGAGCGCCCAGAAACCAGAGCCAGUCAGCAUACUGCAGCCACAGACCACGGUCAACCCUGACCGAGUCAAACAGGCCAAAUUGAUCGUGCCCAAUAGCACAGCUGGGCUGAUCAUUGGCAAGGGCGGAGCAACAGUGAAAGCAGUGAUGGAGCAGUCAGGGGCUUGGGUGCAGCUCUCCCAGAAGCCAGAGGGCAUCAACCUGCAGGAGAGAGUGGUAACCAUCAGUGGGGAGCCAGAGCAGAACCGUAAGGCUGUGGAAAUCAUAGUGCAGAAAAUCCAAGAGGACCCCCAGAGCAGCAGCUGCCUCAACAUCAGCUAUUCCAACGUCUCAGGCCCAGUGGCCAACUCCAACCCCACCGGCUCCCCCUACGCUAACACGGCUGAGGUGCUGCCCAAUGCAGCUGCAGCAGCUGCCACUGCAUCCAGCCUUCUGGGUCAGGCCGGAUUGACAGGAAUGGGCGCCUUCCCUGCCGCCAUGUCCAGCUUCUCUGGCAAUGAUCUGCUGGCCAUCACCUCAGCCCUCAACACAUUGGCCAGUUAUGGCUACAACACUAACACGCUGGGCCUGGGCCUCAACCCUGCAGCGGCUUCUGGGGUCCUUGCUGCAGUAGCAGCUAGUGCUAACCCAGCUGCUGCUGCGGCGGCUAACCUGCUGGCCUCCUACGCAAGCGAUGCCUCCAGCAGUGCUGGCCACCCUGCUACCGGCCUCGGUGGGUUCUCCCUAGGGUCUCUAGCAGCUGCUACCGGGGCUUCCAAUGGUUACCUAAAUGCUUCAUCUCCACUGAUGGCCUCCUCCCUAUUGGCAACAGAGAAGCUGGCAGAUGGGGCCAAGGACGUGGUUGAGAUAGCUGUGCCCGAGAAUCUGGUGGGAGCCAUUUUGGGAAAAGGAGGGAAAACGCUGGUAGAGUACCAGGAGCUAACAGGAGCCCGCAUCCAGAUCUCCAAAAAGGGAGAGUUCAUUCCUGGUACUCGGAACCGUAAAGUUACCAUAACAGGGUCGCCAGCCGCUACGCAAGCAGCGCAGUAUCUGAUCAGCCAGCGGAUCACUUACGAGCAGGGCGUGCGUGCUACCAACCCACAAAAGGUGGGCUAAAAGGAAAAAGAAGAGCAAGGAAGGAAAGGAUGAAGACAGAGAUAGAAGGGAAUUGAGAGUCACGAUGAAUAGAAAAAAAAGAAACGUCCAAAUAUCUGUUCAAUAUUUCAGUAUCAAAUGAGAGAAUCACAAAGGAGGAGGUGGGGGAGACAACCAAGAUAAGUGUGUGUGAAAUGUGAAUGUGUUUUUAGGACUGAUGUCCUGAUGUUUUUUAAAAGUUUGUGUCAAGUCCUUUUGACGAUGGUGAUCAGAGUAAGCUGAACUGGUCCACUGCCAAGCUGCAGAUUCAAGGGUGAGGCCUCAGAGUUUCACCCUCCUCCAAAACCUCAUAGCUGUUUUAUUUUCCUUUUUGUGUUUGGUUUUGUUGGUUUUAAUUUCAGUUGCAAACCUCAGCUCCCGGUGAGCUGAGCAUGUCAGAUGAAGUUCCAGCCAGCUAAUAGAGCUGUUUUACAAACCUUGCUCUUUGUAUACGAUGCAGAAGGCAUUGUUAACAGGGGGAGGUUUUACGACAAGCACCUAAGGUCAUCUCAGUUUAUGGGGAAGCAAUCUGAGUAUAAUUUCUUUAAAAAAAAAAAAAAUCUCAUCUUUGUUGACAUAUGUUGAAUUCUGGCUCAUAUCAUAAUUGAAGUUUCUAAAUUUGGGUAUUUUAUAUUUUCAUCCUUUAUUUAUUGACAUGGUCUCAUUCAAACACAAAUAGAUUAUUUAAACCUGUGAAUGCAGGUUGAUCUGAAUGUAAAAACAAUAUUAGCCUAAUGCUAUUUUUUAUUUACAGGGAUCAAAUAUUGUGUUGCAGUGAAAGAAAUGUAUAACUCAAACCCAGUCUGAACUUCACUGUUGCUGUCUGCAAGUACAGUUCAGGGGUUAAAUAAUCAAUGUGAGAGGAUAGAGGAGACACACAGGAAUGUAUAAAUAUAUUUUACAUAAACACACAUAGAUGAUGCUCCCACAAACGCACAAACACUGAAACAUAUUUGCAUAUUCAGUCACAGCUCCAAACACACAGAAAUAUGUUCUUGUUUAACCCUUUCUUGGUGCUAUAGGAUUAGGUUUAUAUCUCCUUUACCAUGAAAUCAAAAUGUCUCUGGCGACUAAUACUUGAUUUAAAAUAGCUGAUGUGGCAUCCAGCCAUUAGUAGCCCAUUGGAUCUAACCCAGCCUCUCUCACCUAAUGACAAAUGAUUGAUUUCAGCAUUUUGUGAUGAUAAAGCAAUCCAGUCUUAAUAUUUCAAGUCCAUUCUUGCUCCCAAUGCAGGCCUUUCUUUUUUUUUUAAAUAAAAAAUUGGCCAUCCUCAAAUAGAUAUUACCUGAUAUCAUUUUUGCCUUAGUCAGACAUUUUGUAUCUCCCAAGUAUAAACUUAAAGCUCAGACUACCUUGAAGCAGUGUCUAACCAGUUCAGUUCGCAAAGGGAACAAAGCACUACAAAAGCAUUUUGAUAAGAAAAGCUGUAUGAACCAAUAUCUGUGAACAGAGAAACAAUUGCCUUUACAUUAAGGGUACCAAAUAGUCAAGAGACAUACACUAAUGAAAGGGAAGUAGAAUGACACUUGAAAAGAAGGCUUGGACUCACUUUUUCUGUGAGCCAUCCUUCCCAAUUUGCAUCAAGACAAAAAAAAUAAAAAACGAAAUAAAAGCAUUCUGCAGUUCUACCAGGCAGCCUGUUAUCGUUCCCAAAACACGUUAAAGCUCAAUAACCUCGAGUGGAGCACAUAAUAAAACAUAAAAUGUUUUGGCAUCGUUGUCUUUUAUGGGCAGUUGUUUGUCUAAUGCAGGCAGGCUAAUUGUCUAGAGCAUUUCUAAGCACUUGAAGAUUACCUUGGCUUCCUUCUGUGCUGCUAUCCAUAGUGUUCAUCCUGAGUACACUGGGUCUCUGAAGACUGCACUGUGAGACAUUAAGAACACAAUGUAAAGCGUGUCUGUCCCUGCUUGGGAUGUGAGUAUAUUUUAAUGUGCACAUCUAUGUCACAUACACAAGACCUACCAAUACUGACAGGAGGGAUAUCGCCACAAGAGCAUUUAUACUCCAGCGUCUUGUGAUGUUUCUGUUUACCAAUGCACUGCACUUAAAUUAGCAGACAUUUUCUGAUCAGCAAAUGACAAAUUAUUCUCACCACAUUUUCCUGCACUGUAUUCUCCAGUCCUACUAUGUCCACUUCCCCCCUGCUCUAAAGACAUCUUUCAAUUGUCCCCAUCAACCCAAGCUCUAUGAUCAGCUUCCUGAAUACACGGCUGUGAGGGUUGGUGCUGAGUAGUGUCCAAGAAAAUCAGAACCACUCCCAUUUUUUGGAAAAUUUGAUGAAUAGCCUUUUCAUUUUCAUAAUUCAUGUUUGAAAGUAAAUGGAUUUGAAAGUGUUUUAAACAACUUAUUGUGUCUGAACAUUAUGCGUGGCAAUUGCAACAGUGAGCCUUUUUUUUUCCUAUCUGAAAACUCUCCUUUCACUGCGUGUCUGGAAGGCUUCGCAGUCAUCCAUAACUACAAUCCGGCCACCAGUAAAAUCAUAGCAUAAGAUAACCUUUUACUGCCCAAGAUUUUAGCAUAUAAUAAGAUACAAGCACAAAACAAGGGGAUGUUUUAUCAAUGCAACUGGACUGCUUGACUGCAGGGAGCUCUCCGUCAAAGCUCUCUGAUCAAUACAUAGUGCCAAAUGCUAUUUCUCUUUGCCCCUCAUUAAACUUUCCUCUUUCUCUCAACAUUUUAUUCCCCUGCAUGUUGCUGUUUCUCACCAUUCUGACUUUCCUCCUGUGUCCUAAUCUCUGUCUGUGCUUCUUCCUACACUGUGCUCUCCCCCUCUUUCUCCUUCCUCCUGUCUUGUCUUCUCAUGGGCGGUGUGUUGGAUGUGCUGCUGGUGGGAGUUAUGCACUAUAGGUCAUAAGGGUAUGAAAAUAUUUUCCCAGGCCGUAGAGUACACAAGGCUAAAAUGCACAGAAAACACCUGCCUCCAAAACUGUGACACCCACCAAGACCAACCAGCAAAGUUAGCUCAAAGUAUCAGAUUCCCUCUAUAAGAAGAACAAGUAGGAUUUAGACAGCGAUCUAUGGCCUUUUAAGGGAAGAGAAAGUGAUGUAGUUUUUCCAAAAGAAGGCAAAUCUUGGUUGAAUAAAUAUUCAUACACUGGCUGAGCUCAAGUUUCAGCCUCCAAACAGCAUAGUAAGGACAGAAUGCAUAAGAUAGUGAGAGUAAGGUGGGAACUUGUUUGUGACCUCAAGCCGAAACAAUGACAUCCUUUAUGCAUAUCCUGUUAUCUGAAAAUGACUAGAAUUCAUUUCUGUGGAAUACAAUAUGUCAUGUCAUAUGAUCUAUAUGUACUUUAUUGUAGCUAUUCUAGUUUGUAGUCCAAAUGCAGUCCAGCGUUGUCGAUACAAUGUGAAACUAUGUUAUAUUUGUGUGGAUGAUGAGAGUGCCAACUAAGCCUGAUUAAGAUUAGCUUCGCGAUUUGUUUGUGCAUUAUGAUGACUCAUCAUCGACUGGUGGUGUCCAUAUUUCUGUCAUUGAUGAUUUAGUUUGACAGUAAGAAAAUGUAAAGAAUAUUGGAAGCAAUAUAGUAGCAUGUUGUCCUGUUUUGUGUUUUAUGUCUGUUGUAUGAACCUUUGAAAUUACUAAGAUUUUGAAUGAAUAGGUUUACAUGUACUUUUUGUAAGUUAUGAAAAUGCUGCUAUUUGAUAAGUAAACUAUACAAAAUAUUUUAGUUGAAAAGAUGUCUGGUCUGUUGAUUAGAAACAUGCUCUAAAAGGCUGGAGCAUAAAACGAGGUGUAUAGAAUACUAUACAGUAUUGGUAAGAUAGUAAAAGUAAUAAUAGACUCCAUAGUACAACCUGUGCCAAACUAGACCUCCGCAGCUUCUGAAAUUGUAGAUGUGCGAUCAAAUGUUAGAUAUCAAUAACUUGUUUAGAAGUGCUGAUCAAGUGCCAAUCAAACACUGUCUUUUAAGUUAAGAAAAGAUAAUCAAAUACAUUACUUAAGAAAACAAAGGACAAAGAACUUUUUGUGCAUUGUUUUAUCCCAUAGGUACAUAGAGUAAGAGUUAAAGAUUGUGAUUUUUAUGGAUCCAUGUUGUUUUACACUCCAUGCAUCCCUUGUGUGUUUGUUUGACCUGUGGCUUAAGUACUGCUGUUUUCUCACAAAUGUCUCUAUAGGCCAGCAUGGACUAAGCAUAACAUGUUAUAAGCAUUCAUAACAUAGCCAUUAACAAUCAAAAAUGUGUUUGUGGAGUUAGGUGUUAUCUUUUUGCACGUCUUCUAUUGCAUGGUAUCAAAGUAAAUUAUGGAGGAAAAAAAAUUACAAAAAUUUGCGAGGUGUCUCGCAACAUUCAAAGACAUAACGCUGCAUGCAGUCAAAUGUAAAGCACUUAAGUUUACUCGCCUCAUGUUAAAAAAGUUGUUUUUUAUGUUGUGAGUUGGGAGGGAGCUCAUUAUUGUCAUGUUGGCCCGAAAACAACAAAAAAAAAGACACAGACACAGACACAAACACACAUCUGAGAUCAAAUUUCUCAUCAAUCAAGUUCAUCUCUCUUGGCAUCAUCCGAGAAGAUAUUUAGAUUUAUAGGUGCAGUGAGGAGUAUUAAAAAUGUGAAACAAGCAAACGUGAAAAUGUUAUUCAGUGCAUUGGCUCCUUGUGUUUUUAGGACAUCAGGCAUGCAUUUCUUUUCAAACAGGUUAAACCUCAUAUAACCUGUCUCAUAAUGGUUUUAGAUUUUUUAUGUCACAGCUUGAAAGCCCAGAUCUAAUCUAUGAAUGUACCCAUUUACUUUUUUUUUAAGUUCUGUCGAAUGUUUAUCGGUCUUUAAUGUAAAUUCAGGGCAGGAAUGUCAAAUACAUGUAGAGUUAAUAUCUAUGUCAAUAACAGAUUUCACCUAUAGUCAGGUAGGCCUCACACGGCCAUAGUCAUGAACCAGAUAUGUUUUAACACAACUUCCGAUUCGCUGUCAACAUUAUCGUGUUUGUUUGGUGUUGCAUAAAUGCACUUUACUGAUCAGUGGGUCAUUUUGGGUGUGAAAUGAAGCAAACCAUGUUGGCUUUCAACAGUUUAUUUUAUUGCCAUUUUUGCUGUUGCUCUGAUAUGUUUAUUUAUUUCCUGAUCCUGUUGGGUCUCAUGAAUGAUGGAAAGGGCUGGAGUCUCAGACAAAAUAGAAAAGUAGCACCUGUUUCCUCACUCGAAGGCUUCUCCUUCACAUUCCCCUCAGCAGAGGUCUGUGUCAAUCACUGCGUGCUUUGUUUUGAACCAACAUGUGAAACUAGGACAGAUCUGUACAUCUUUGUCCUUUUGCAUCCUCUUUUGCUUUUAAAAUCCAAAUUUAAAGUGGUUUUCAUUUCUCCAGUAAAUUGCGAUCCAAGCACUGGACUGAAGGCACUGAAGGAUGCAAGCUCACCAUCUGGCUGAUACAACAGUCAGAUCUGAGAGACAUAAUCGGCACCAGCAAAAUGAUGAUUGCCUCUGCCACCUCAACAUGAAAAUCACAGAGGAAACCGUUGAAUGGUUAAGGUCUAGCUAUAGGAACGAUAUUUCUGUCUCAUUAUUUUGUGUUGCACACCCCUGUCGUUGCAUUUAGUGCUUCACAUCGAAAUGCCAAACGAAGUGCAGUAUCAUUCCAAAAGUUGUCAUGUUUGUUUUGAUUUUCACUCCAAAUGUGUUCUGGACGUUCAUCCACCCCCACGGAGCCCUUUCACAAGAAGGCUAGGACUGGUUUUAAACUCUACAAACUGGUUAAGGCUGCUCACUCCUCUCUUAAAACCUCUUCUACCUGAGUCUCACUCUCUCAGCCUACACAAUAUCACGAUUUGUGUUCCAUUACAUCGAGCACUAGCUACUGUGUCCACCCUUUAAAUGGAUUAAGGUAUUUCUGAGCCCUUUCGUCUGAGAAAAUACAGGAUUCUUUGCCAACCAGACAUGAGGCCAUUUUUGUCUUUGACCCUCUGAACCUCCCAUGAACUUUGUUGACCUUCUCCAUCCCCAAGAACUCAUAUAUGUGUUGGAUAUUUUACACCACUUUUACUGUCAAACUCUGCCAGACUGUUCUUUUGUUUCCUGGUUAUCUGGACAAUUAUGCAGGGUUGAACGCUUGCUUAAGUGUAAACUGAAGAAAGCAUGCCAGUACCUUGCAAACAUUUUCAUGUCAUUGUAAAAUUUUCUUUCGGGGUUCGGUUUUAUGUUGCUUAAACCUCUGUUCUUUCCAUCUCAGAAAAAAAUGGACUGACAGCAUAAAAUCAAUUAUUCCAACCUAAGCAAAGUGAUGUUUUGUUGAUUGGGUGCAUUUCUCUUUGAUAUUAACGAUAACAGUUCUGUCUUUCAUUUGUGAUGAGCGAGGAGAAUCUGUGAAAGUCCACAGUGUUAACUACCUAAAGGGCUUUCUAGGACAGCAUUUAUAUGUCUUUUAAAAUGAAAAAGUCCUCUGAAUAUGUUCAGAAAGGAAAAUGCCUUCUUUUGCCAUUUUAGAAAAAGUGUGAAAGCUUUUUAUGGCAAAUAUUUGUCAGCAAGCGUGCCAAAUAAUUCCAUACUGAGCCAAAAGGCUGCCAGCCUGCAUAACUAAAUGUUAGAUCACUGGAAUGGUUACGUCCCAUUUCCACUCCCUUGAAAAACAUCACCCUAAUUGUACAACGUUUGAGCUCAUGUACCAUUAUUGUUAUGCUGCCAGUCUGUUUUCUGCUUUUGUCAGAGAAACAUCUCAGAAGCAGUAUAUUUUCUAAAUGAUACACUGUUGAUAAAAAGACAACAGCUACUUUGGUGAGGGAAUGAGAGGAUUUUAAAAGUGUCAUUGUUUUUAUUAUUAGUUUAUUUGAACAUUAUUCAUUAAUAGAUUUAACGGUAAUGACUAUUUAAUGUAACUGUAGUACUGUGUUUGUAAAAGAAAUUCAGUGAGUUGUGUUUUAUGACUCGUGGACUACCAGUGAAGUCAGCAUUUCAGUGUUAAUAAUUGAAUUGUUUUUUAAAGAUUAUUUUUGCGACGGCAACAAAGAGUCAUUAUAAAUGUUCAUUUUAACAUCA